GAGGAACAAGCGAGCGAGCGAGAGAGAGAGAGAGAGGGGCUAGUUGUAGAUGUAGCUAGGGUGAGCUACCAAAACGCCCGGGCUGCUUCGCCAAAACAUCCAUGGGUGGUUGCGUCGGGAGCCAUCACGACUCUUCGGGCAGCCUCAACGAGAACUCGGACGGCACUGGAGGGCGAAACCAGCCCCUAAAACGUGAACGGCCCAAAUGGAAAAGCGACUACCCGAUGACAGAGGGCCAGCUGCGCAGUAAGAGAGAUGAAUUCUGGGAUACGGCGCCAGCGUUUGAGGGGCGCAAGGAGAUCUGGGACGCCCUCCGAGCUGCGGCCAGUGCUUUUGAGGGCAACGACCACCUGCUGGCUCAGGCCAUUCUGGAUGGAGCGAGCAUCACCCUGCCCCACGGGGCUCUCACAGAAUGCUACGAUGAGUUGGGGAACCGGUACCAGCUGCCCGUGUACUGCCUGUCCCCUCCCGUGAACAUGAUCGAGGAGCGUUCAGACGAGCCCGACGGUUCUGACCCGGACUCCAGUGCGGCCGACCCAAACUCCACUUCAGGAGGCGGCGGAGGAGGAGGGGGAGGAGGAGGGGACCCCGCGGUGGUGGGAGGGGAGUCCCAAUUGCGGCUGCGGCUGUCUACGGGACGGGACCUGCGCUUGACCGUCCGAUCCACAGACACAGUGGGAAUGAUGAAGAGGAGACUCCAGAAUCAGGAAGGGGUCGCCGCUAACACCCAGCGCUGGUUUUUCUCAGGGCGACCGCUCACGGACAGACUACGGUUAGACCAGCUCAAUAUCUCCAAAGACUAUGUGGUGCAGGUGAUUCUGAGUCAGCCGCCUGCCCCUCCCUCACCCGUCCUGGGACAAAGUCAAACUGAAGGGGGCACUGUAGAAGUGGAAGGAGUGGUAUCUCAAGAACCCACUCCAGUAGAAAAUUGACUAGAGAGAGCUGGCUACUACAGACAGUUGAAUUUCAAUUUUUCAAGUUAUUUUCUACUGGAUUUUUUUUUUAAAGCCAGAAGAAGAUCCUUGUUCGAGGCAAUAGACUGUCUACUGGAGGACUCUUGAAUUGAGAAAUACAGCCUUCUUACUCUCUUUCAUUUUACACGUUGACCUUUUUCAAGUCUUUUUAACUGUUCCUAUGGAAACCAAACUACAAAAGGAGAAAUGUGUCUAGUGGCUUGAAGGAUUUUCUUAAUGAGCUGAGAUCUGAAUUUUACUUUCCAUUCAUGUUCUGCAGCAGAUGUUUUUAUAUGUUACAGGGUUGUACCAUACGCUUAAGUUUGAGUUUUAAUAUUUCAAUUUAGAUAAAAGAAGUUUCAAUUGCUGUCAAUAUUGGGGUAAACUGUUGUCACAAUUUUGCAUCAGGAAAUUUAGCUCCAUUUUGAAAAGACAUAUUAAGAAAUGUAUUAUGAGAAAGAAGGAACGUUUAACCAAGACGCUGCUGCUGGAUUAGAUGCUUUACUUCAGUCAAUUUCAAAACAAUCAGUUAAUCUCAAAUGCUGUGGCAGAGACAAUAAACCAAGAAACCCAUUUACAAACAUUCACUAUCACUUGUUCAUGGGACUGAAAGAUGGACGGCAGGCACACAGCUGCAUAUUUUGAUUAUUAAAAUAGUGUUUUUAAUUAAACUGCA